CGUACCUCCAUAGCCUUCUUUCAAGGAUAUAGUAGUUACCAGAAGUGUGGCGUCCAUCUUUGUUACGAAAUACGAGUAGGUUUCGUUUUCGCCAAACCAAUUAACAACCUGUUUUUGACUGGGUAGAGAAUGUUGGAUGGUGGUAGUCAGCACGAUUGCUAUUGAAGUAUUAAAUCGUCGCAUUAACCGCAACCAAGUUGUAGAAGAGAGACAAGGAGUCAACCAGAUUAAAGGACCUUUGACCAACUGCCUUCGUAGACAUUUUUCGCGUCGCAAUGGCUGACGGAAAACCCAUCUUAGGUAGCCUCUACGUGUAUGCUCCCAAUAAAGGAGCUCCGAUCUUCUUUGCCGUGGCCUUUGGUAUGUCUGCCGUAUUCCAUAUUUGGCAAUGUUUCCGAUAUAAGGCCUUCAAGUUAAUUGGACUACACCCUCUGUGUGCUGUGUUAUUCACGGCUGGGUAUGCUCUUCGAGAAUACGGGGCCUACAACUACAUCUACGAUCCAAACACGCCAAGCCUAAUUCUGUUUGUUCUGAGCCAAGUCCUGAUUUUUAUUUGUCCACCUCUCCUUGAGCUUGCCAACUACCACAUCCUCGGUCGGAUAUUCUAUUAUAUUCCUCACAAGGCGCCCUUGCCACCAAGCCGCGUCCUUGCCAUCUUUGGUGCUCUCAUGGCUCUUGUCGAAGCCCUGAAUGCCAUCGGCGUCGCGUUGCAGGCGAACCCAUCUUCGGCAGGAAGCCAACAGAAACUGGGCAGCGAUCUUACUAUCGCGGCCAUCUCUAUCCAAAUUGGUGUCAUUGUCGCCUUUCUUAUCAUGGCAGGAGUUUUUCAUUGGAGAUGCAAAGCUGCUAAUAUGCUAGUCAAGACGGUGAAGACACCGGUGCUCACGCUCUACACCAGCAUGACGCUCAUCUUUAUCCGUUGCAUCUAUCGACUCGUCGAACAUUUGGGGCCUACGAGCAUCGAUCUUCGCAGUGAAGAGAAGUUGAAGAGUCUUACUCCAGUCUUACGGUACGAGUGGUAUUUCUAUGUUUUCGAGGCUACCCUCAUGCUGCUCAACUCUGUGUUAUGGAAUAUUUGGAACGCUGCUCGCUACCUACCGAAGAGCUAUGCUGUUCACAUAACCGAAGAUGGCCGAGAGGUCAUCGCUGGAUCGGACACCGAUGGAAGGUCAUCACUUGCCAAAAUCGGCAAUGUCUUUACCUUUGGUAUUCUGUUCCGCAGAGAGGUCCGCACAGGAACGUUUCAUGAGCUAAACCAUCUUCCGGCACUCUGAACGGUAAGGGGUCACUUUUUCAUUAUUCAUUUUGUCAUUGUCGUUAUAAUCGUUAAAAUCGGAAUGCAUUUUGCUGUUUGAUUAGAGUAAGCUUAA